GAAAGUUCGUGCAAAAGUUUUGUGGUUGCGGAUGCGGAUGCGGUUCAUUUUCGGACGCGGAUGGUGAAAAUGCGCCAAUGAGUCGUGCGUGUGCGUAUAUAUAUAUACAAAUAGCUGUGAUUCAAUUUGAUGUGAACGCUAUUAAAUGAACUCUAGAGUAAAAUCAACUUUAAUCAACUUGACGUUUUUUUUUUUUCAAUUUUCGUGGAAAAACAGUUGCCAAACCUGAGGUGGCUGCCCUCUUCGGUCCCACGUGACUAAAAUAAAUUGUAUAUUCGGAGUGUGUGUGUGUGUAAGUGUGGUGUGUGUGUUGGCCAGAAAGUAAUGACUUUAAAAUGUGGCAAGUGAAACGCGCAUUGCCACUAGCACAUGGCCAGGCGUUAAUCAGUCUCUACGUUCUGCUCAUUGCAAGCGGAUUAAUAAUUCAAUCGGUGGGGGCGGGUCAAGAAAUUGCUUCAAAAGCUCAGCAGAGACACGAACCACACAAUGGCGAGGUGAAUACAUCAAACGGCGAUAAUAAUGUUACUUUCAACCUAAGGCGAUUGCCACGAAGUGUGUUUCAUGUACGUUGGAAUCCCAAUGAAAAAUUCAUUGUCGAGAGUCAUGAGAAUCCGGCAAUUAACUCCUCUAAAUUGGCCCCACAUCCGAGAUUAAAAGUUUCCAAGAAUACCAAACUAACACUGAGUCCCAAAUUGUAUUUGUGCCAUGAUAAAUAUUCGGAUCUCUGUUCUAAUAAGACGCAACAAUUUCGUCAACGAAUCGUGCAAACAUUCCAGAAAGCAAUGAGAGAGACUCAGCAUAAUGAGACAAUCGAUCAGAAUCAUUACAAUGUGGACUAUAAGCCAGUUUUUGGAGAUAGUUUCGAGGAGCAAUACUAUCCCUCCACAUGCCUGGUAAUGGAGGCGGGAGUUCGUGUCCUUCGUCGCAAGGAUCCACCGUUCAAUAAACUGGCAUUUGGCAAACUAUUUCCCAGGCAGCGACUCUUUCGAAAUAUCAAGAAUAUUAAAACCUGUGCCAUUGUGUCUAGUGCUGGUUCUCUGGCUGGCUCCAAGCUGGGUCGGUUUAUAGACACGCAUGACAUUGUGAUGAGAUUCAAUCAUGCCCCCACACAAGGACACGAGGUGGAUGUUGGCAGCAAAACCACAAUUCGUGUGGUGAAUAGUCAAGUGGUCACCAAGCCGGAAUUUGAUUUUCCCCAUGCUCCCAUUUUCCGUAAUGUCACCAUUGCUGCCUGGGAUCCAGGCAAAUAUAAUGGAACUCUCGAGGACUGGCUUACCACAGCGGACUAUGAUCUAUUUACCAACUAUGAGAUAUAUAGAAGACGCUAUCCCAAGUCUAGAGCCUUUCUAAUUGAUCCACAUUCGGUGUGGCGUCUGUGGCAAAGUCUGCAAAUGUUUGCCGGCAAUCGACCCAUCAAACGUAAUCCACCCAGCUCCGGUUUUAUAGGACUGGCCCUACUUUUGCCCCAUUGUCCUCAGGUGGAUUUUAUUGAGUAUGUACCAUCUACUCGUCUCAAUGGACGUUGUCAUUACUACAGCAAGGAGAUGAAUUCGGCUUGUACGUUUGGCUCUUGGCAUCCAUUGGCCGCUGAGAAAUUGAUGGCAUUGGAUAUGAAUAUGGCCGAUGAUAUGUCCGUAUUUCAAUUUGGCAUAUUGCGUAUACGACAACCAGAUAAAUUGCUAUGCGGUUUCAAUUUCUUUGGCUACUAAGAGAACAGAAUGAAUCGAACUGAGGCGGACAAUCCCAGUGCAUUUAAUCAAGCGGUUUUCACAAUAAGCAAUAAUAAUAAUAAAUAAAUACUUACAUACAUACAACAAGUAAAAA